AAUCUGUUGGCACAAUCACCACGAUUAGCCCGGUAUCUCGUCCAAAGGUUCAAGCGUGGGGAGACCAGCUGUGAAUCAGCCUUGAAGUCAGACCUGAAUUCAAACUAACGAACGCCACCAGCCAGGCCUGUCCACUGUGAACAACUUCUAGAAGGUCUAGAGACGUCCUCAACCAUCCCACAGUGGCAUCGAGAGAUAAGGUGAUCGCCACAGUCCUACCACAUGCUCUGUGGUGAAUGCAGUGCAACGGCCUAUCUGGAGAUAUCGAGGAACAUGUGAGCUACCAAGACAAUCUUCCGAAACGACUGUGCUCGUGCCAUGUCGAAGUUGUCUUAGUUAAUAUCGAUAGGGUUGGUCAAGAAGAUGGCCGGCAAGUCUUGAGUCCAGUCCUGGUACCAUGCUAUCCCCUCGCAUCAUAUCAGUGGUUGUGUUAAGCUGCCACCGUUGCGCCCAGCGCUUCUCGAAGCCGGUUACAUAGACGCCCAGGCUCACUUGCAGGGACUCCUCGUCGAGACGUUGGGCACCGGCACCUUUUGUCCCCAGUUACAUACAGCAAGAUCGGCACUUUGGUGAGUUAAACCCGAUCCGUAAGGUAGUCGACGUCUGAGGGCUUAACCACACUUGGCGCCGAUGGGCAAGCUACCGGCUUGCCCCCGAAUAGACAGGUAGAUUCAAGCUACCUGGUUCCUUACACCACGGGAGCACCCGCUCUCUUUUGCGGGGCGUAGUUGGGCGUAGCCAUGGACGGCUGAGCAAACCAAAGUGGGAAGGUGUAUUAUUUGUCCCUCAUCCUUCCCCCUGCUAAGAGCUCUGUUCACAGCCGCGAGCUACUCGCUGCUGGAUGGUGUGGCCACUCUCACUGCUGCCUCCCACUGCUGUCGUUCAUUCUCCGCCGCGAUGUCAACCACCCAGCAGUUCUGUGUAUGCGAACCUUGAGCGCCUCCCUGGCUCCCCACGUUGACCCUUGGCCUACCUACCCAGCACGACGUGCUGGUAAACGAAACCGGAAGGUCGUCUGUCUCCCGUCAACAUGGCAAAGAUGGCGUUUUCCUGGAUCUAAUGGGCCCCAAUAACCAUAAAUAUGACCACAUCCUCCCCUUCAUGAUGGUCUUCUUUUCUUCUCACCCUCAUCCUCAACAUCAUCAUCUCACCUCUCCAGUCCUACCCGGUCCAACUCUGACAAAAUGCUCUUCUCGGCUGCUGCUCUCCUGGCUCUCCUGCCCGCGGCUCUCGCUGCCCCGGCUACUUCCGGUCCCCUUGACAAGCGCGCACCGAUCAUCUCGGCCCGCGCUGGCAAGGUCGUUCCCGGCAAGUACAUUGUCAAGCUCAAGGAUGGUGCCUCCGAUGCCGUCGUGAACAAGGUCCUCGGCAAGCACAAGGCCGACCAGAUCUACAAGGGUGGCAAGUUCAAGGGCUUCGCUGGUGCUCUUGACGAUGCUUCCCUCGAGGCCAUCCGCUACCUCCCCGAGGUUGAGUACGUCGAGGAGGAGGCCGAGUUCACCAUCAACGCCGUCGUCUCUCAAACUGGUGCUCCCUGGGGUCUUGCUCGCAUCUCCAGCCGCACUCCUGGUGGCACCACCUACCGCUACGACGAUAGCGCCGGUGCCGGUACUUGCUCGUACAUUAUCGACACUGGUAUCUACACCGCCCACUCGGACUUCCAAGGUCGUGCCAUCUGGGGCAGCAACCACGUCGACAGCUCCAACACCGACGGAAACGGCCACGGCACCCACGUCGCUGGCACCGUUGGCGGUCGCCUCUAUGGUGUCGCCAAGAAGACCACCUUGAUUGCUGUCAAGGUCCUCAACGCCUCCGGCUCCGGCUCCACUUCCGGUGUCGUUGCUGGUAUCAACUAUGUCCAGACCAACUUCCCCAGCCGCAACUGCCCCAACGGCACUGUUGCCAACAUGUCCCUUGGCGGUGGCUACUCUGCCUCCAUCAACACUGCUGCCAGGAACCUCGUCAACGCCGGUGUCUUCCUUGCUGUCGCCGCUGGCAACGACAACGCCAACGCUGCCAACUACUCCCCCGCUUCCGAGGCCUCUGUCUGCACUGUCGGUGCCACCGCUAGCAACGAUGCCCGCUCCACCUUCUCCAACUAUGGUGCCGUCGUCGAUAUCUUUGCCCCUGGCACCAACAUUCUGAGCACCUGGAUUGGUGGUACCUCCGCUACCCGCUCCAUCUCCGGUACCAGCAUGGCCAGCCCCCACAUUGCCGGUCUCGGCGCCUACCUUCUAACCCUCCAGGGCCGCCGCACUCCUGCUGCUCUCUGUUCCUACAUUGCCAGCAUUGCCACCAACAACGUCAUCACCAGCGUUCCCAGCGGCACCAUCAACAAGCUCGCCUACAACGGCGUUGCUUAAAUCGUUUCCACUUCUGGAUAACAAGAUUGGCGGUCUGUUUUAAGAUCGGGACUGGAGGAGACUUACCCGGGAGAGACUUGGAUGAGGGAUGAGGGAUGAUACACAGAUGGGUGAGUCGGGAAAUUCUAGACAAACCAGUGAUAACUGGCACUCCCAAAGCUUUUUGUAUAUAAGGAGGAGUGUGUUUACUUGUUUGCUAUUUCUCUUCUUGUUUCUUUUACAUAGUACAAAGUAGCUCGGUUUCUGGGGCGGUGGAUCGGCCAACCAUCGUCUCGCAAAAGGAACGGGAUGAAUUGACGAUGUUGCAAAUAUUUGUUUCAUGCUCUGUGACCAGGGGAUUUCCAGUUAAUGCAUUCAACGACAAAGGUUGGCCAAACGCGGUUUGGCGACACAAUACACGUUGCUAUGGCAAU